AUGACUUCAGCUCGGACCCCGCGCUCCCUCGGUGGUGGCUGCGCGGGGGACGACGGUCCCUCCGUGCUGGCACCAUGCCGGUGUGCCAGGAACCAUCCCUGCCCCAGGACCCCACAGGGUUGCGGACGGCGAGCACUUGGCUCCCAGUUCUGCGUCUGGCCCCUUUCUUUCAACACCGUGCCGGAAAAGGGAGAAACCAGCAUCAUUAAACAGCACCCGCCUCGAAGACUGCAAAGGCUUGAACCUGCUGGCCCUCCACGAGCAAUCGCUCCUGCGAAACCCUGGAGUCAGCAAGAAGGGGCUGCAACACCAAAAACGAAGGCUCUGGAGAAGAGGGGGCAAAGCCUGAGAUACCCUCCUGGCAGGCGGCAGCACUUGCACAAGCUGCAGAUGCUGGACUUGACCCGCAGGCGCCGAGAGGCAGAGCUGAAGCGAAAUCUCCACAGGGAAGCGAAAAUCAAUAAACAAAAAACCAAGGAACUGAGCCCGAAGAAAGUCCUUGACAGUCUCCAGAGAGGCAACAGCGCCAAAAGCCGAGACCUUGUCCCUGCUGAGCACAAUCAGCAUUUUCAUGGAGAUAACCAUGGAAACACAUGGGAUGGAAGACUCACCAGCCAGCACGAUGGGGCUGAACUUUCUCCAGGCAAGAGCGGGAAGGUUGACCUGUGGUUCUGCAGGGAGUCGCGGACGAGGGAUCUCUUCUGGGACACCUCCAGCACAGGCUCCGAGGAGUGGGAAAGGGAAGAGAAGAUCUACCGCAAACCUACACUUGUGAGAACCAAGACAGAGAGAGUUUCUCUCUUUGAUGACUUCUUUGAUAAGGACUUCUAG